AUGGCGUUGCAAGGGGAGACUGGCUUUGACCCGGUCACAGUCACACUUGAGGAGGCCAAUGCUGACACUGCAGGAGCAGGACCUAUCGUGUGGUUGCUGGUGAGCAUGAUCUUAACAAGCAAUGACAUCGCCCUGGUGCGCCUCUACACGUAUGCCACACUGAACAGUUACGUGAAGCUGGCCACCCUGCCUUCAGCCAAUAGGGUGCUCAGUAGUGGAACUUGCUACGUCACUGGCUGGGGUCGGACAUCUAGUAAAAGCGCCCUCUCAAACGUGUUGAGAUACAGUUACCUGCCUAUCGUAAGCCGCAGCACUUGUACACAGGCAAGCUGGUGGGGAUGCAGUUUGAUAAAGUCCUCCAUGAUUUGCGCCGGAGGAACUACAAGCCGAUCAGCAUGUUAUGGAGACUCCGGUGGUCCUCUGAACUGCUACAUUGGGAGGAGAUGGGUGGUUCAUGGAGUGACCAGCUUUAUCUCCAGCAGAGGAUGUAACACCGUGAGGAAGCCAUCAGUUUUCACUCGUGUGUCUGCCUUCACAUCCUGGAUCAACAGAGUAGAGCUUACAUGUUGCUAG